CUUUCAAGAGUUUUUGCUAUUUUAGACCUGAAGUGGUGCAUGAUACCACAUACCGUUUUCACUUUCCAGGGACACGCAAUGGAACAAAAUCAACUAUAUUCUGUUGAUUGUUGUCUCCUUAAUAGCUUUAACAUGUGUCGCUAAAUUGUUGCAGUCGGACUCCGGAAGCAAUCAGUACCAUACGGACUUGGCCCAAGCUCGCUUGUUGGAUUUCGAGAAGCAACUAUCACAGCUUGCUGUUGAUUAUGAAAAUAUCACCAAGGAAGAGCUACGAGUUAUUUUUCAUGUUGGAAGACAGUGGUUUCUGAUGCUUCAAAGACGACCCAUGGUUCUGAUUAUCGCAGGGGAAGAAAGUGAACAUUUUGCUCAUAUGCUUUCGGAAGUGUUUCGUACUUCUUUUCAAAUACCUUCACCUAUAGUCGAUCUUGAUUUAUCUUCUGAAUCGAUCAGGUCGGAGCUUCAUGACAGCUUGGAUCGCGUUGCGCACUCCACAGUUCCUUUAGCGAUAUUGGAUGGUGUAGAGUACCUUGGGUGGGACGCUCCACUCGCCCUUCAUGCAUUUGCUGAUGAUUCGUCCACCACUCAUCCACAUACAUUGCUCUUUUUGACAAUAAAAAAAUCAUUUCACAGAGAUGCAAAAGAAUGUGAGCAAUCAGUUAUGGAGUACUUGAGUGAACGAUGGAUUGGAACGGGUGGUUCUAUGGACAAUGUGUCACCAAUACUGUCGCGUAUAAUGCAGUUUCUCAUCUGCGUUUAG